UGAAUUUCCAGUAGCAAAAUCCAAAAUCGGACCAGCAUUUUUAAGUAAGUGAGUAACUCCUCAAGAUUUACAGGAUUUAAUUUCCAGAUUUCUUCAUUUUUUUUUUUAAUUUUCGGUAUUUGAAUCGCUGCUGGAUUAUCUGCUUGCUGACCGUUUGCAAAAGCAGACGGCCAAACAGGAAAUAAGUUGAUUGUUCGUAGAAGAUUCUCGAACUGAAGAAGUAAUCGUUUGUUACUUUUUCUUUCGCCUUCUUUCAUUUUCUUAGUAGCCAAACAGGUACUAAGUUGAUUACAGAAAUUGUCAGCAGUCAUAUAGUUACUAUUUUUUUUCUUCAUUUUCUCGGUAAACAAACACUCGUCGUCUAUUACUUGUAUUUCAUUGUAGAUAUCUGGAUCUGGUUUUCUGUACAAUCUUUUGUUUAACUGCAGAAUUGAUUUGUUUAGGAUUAGGAUCGUGAUGAAAUGCCUCGAUUUCGUCGCGAAAAGUGUUUAAUAAUUUGAUCCUUUUGGCGUCAGAGUGCACAGAUAAAAUGUCAGUUGUUUAAUCUUAGGCUCCAAAUUGCCCUCCCUGUGUGGAGAAGAUUAGGGUUUAAGGAUGAUGAAAAUGAUGAGGCUAUUACUGUCUUUUCACUACAUCUCUGGCUCAGCUGAUAAAGCCCAGAUUGAGAUCGAAUCAGACCUACUGACACAUAUGUUUUGUGAAUUACUUUAUGUAUUUCAUGAUUUUCAACGUGACCUCCUAAUUUAAAAUGCUACUAUUUGUUUAUUUAGUUUUUAAUUUUUCUUGUGUUCCAUUUUUUAACUCUGUGUGAUGCAUGAAGCUAGUUGCUAUUGUUAGUAUCAGGAUGUUGAUGCAUUAGGCUCCAAAGUCCUCUGUAAUUAACUGAACUAAUCUUCUUCUGUUUCCGGUUGCAGUUACGGGUUUAGCAAUUUCAUAUAUUGGUGUAUCGUUACUUCAAAGAUCGUAGUUACUUAAGAUUCUGGUUUUCGAGAAAAAGGGUUCAGAGAGAUCCUUUUGGACAGAAUUUAAUGCGCCGCGAUUAGCAUUUUCUGCCGAAGAUUCAAACAUGAAGAAGCUCUUCUUUUUCAGAUCUUCUGCUUCUAGUAAUAACAACAAUGUUCCUCCACCAACUGAUAAGCAGAUAUCUGAUGCCGAGAACUCCAAUAAAAGUCCGGCUCUUAGAAGGAGCCGGUCAUUGUCAUCAGCAGCAUUUCUUGGAAGUGAGCCAACGCAAACAGAUUUUUCUUCUUCGAAAUAUCAAAGCAGAUCUCCUUGUAGUAGUAGUGCAAGGAGCUUUCCUCAUCAGCAAUGCGACCAACCAUCUUGUUGUCGAACUCUUACUCCUGAGAGGCAUAGGACUAAACAUUUUGAAGUUCCAUCUCUCCAAAACACACAUGGAUUGGAGAGGCCUGGUUCUGCUGGUUCUUCUAGAAUGCGCCAUGAUUCGUCAGGGAGCUCUUCCACUUGCUCUAGUAAUGUAUCAGCCAAAGUCUUGGACCGUUACAUUGACGGAGAGCAGGAGGAACUGAGCAGACAAAAGAACAGUUCUUCCCAGAGACACUUGACUGGGAAUGGUGGUGGUGGAUGGCGUCCACCGCGAACUCAGUUUACAGCACCCAUUUCACCUAGGGCUCAUUCAUAUAGAGAGGCAAAAAGUUCUCGUCUUCGUUCAUCAUCCAAAGACGGGGCAGAAAAUGGAUUUGGGCAUGAAUCUCCCCGGAGGCUUGCAAAAAAUGUCGUUGAGAGGCUCUCACAGUCUCAUGUUAUUCAACCAACACGUGAGAAGGAGUUUGACCAUGAUAUUCCACUCACCAUUGAGGAUAUUUAUGGUAGAUCAGAUCUGAUUGCCCAGAAAAAUUAUCCUGCAGAUGACUACUCAAGCCUGCAGAAGUUGUUCUAUGGUGAAAACUGUGAUGGUAGAAACACCGAUGAGACUGAAGAGGACAUGGAUGUAGAAUUACAAAGAAGAUUGAGGGAAGCAGAGGAGAAGGUCAUGCUACUUUCUGACGAACUUGAACAGGAAAGCUUUCUUAGAGAUAGUGGGUACAAUGUUCCAUCACUGAUUCAGACAAUUAGAAACCUAACUGAGCAGAGGGUAAGCUUGGCACUUGAGGUUUCAAACCUCUUACAGUUGCGAAUUGCUGAGAGGGCUUCUGCCAAGAAAGAACUCAGACUGGCAAACGGAGAACUGGAGUCGCGAACGAAAAAAUUAGAGAAGGAGAAGAAUGAGUUGCAGUCAGCAUUGGAGAGGGAACUAGACAGAAGGUCGACUGACUGGUCACUUAAGCUCGAGAAGUAUCAGUCAGAGGAGCAGAGGCUUCGUGAGCGAGUUAGAGAGCUUGCAGAGCAAAAUGUCUCACUUCAAAGAGAAGUCUCUUCCUUUAAUGUGAGGGAAACUGAGUAUAGAAGUGUGGAAACAAAAUCAGAGCAACAGCUUAACAGCCUUGUUACAAGGGUGGGGGAAAUGAGAGAGGAGAAUCAAGAACUGAAAAAUAAUCUCUCAGACUUGCAAGAGAAGUAUAGAGCAGCAGAGGAAGACCGUAUUUGCAUCCAUAAAAAUUUUGAUGAGAAGGAUAAGGAGUGCAAGGAUCUGCAUAAGUCCAUUACAAGAUUACUGAGAACCUGCAAAGAACAAGAGAAGACAAUAGAUGGCUUGCGUGAAAGUUUUAGCGAGGAAUUUAGGAAGAACCAAUCCGUGGAGAGGUUUGAUAAGCACGUCACCAAAUUGCAGAUGGAGCAAAUGAGGUUGACAGGAGUAGAACUGGCCUUGAGAAGGGAGUUGGAAUCUCAUAAGCUUGAAGUUGAUUCUCUUCGGCAUGAGAAUAUACACUUGUUAGACCGGUUGAGAGGAAGUGGGAAAGAAAAUGGUGCUUUAACUUUCAAGCUAGAUAAGGAAAUGUCGGCACGAGUCUCCUACAUGAAGAAUCAAGGGCUAUCAAUUCUAAACGAGAGCUCCCAGUUAUGUUCAAAUUUACUAGAAUUUGUUAAAGGGAAAGCAGGCCAACUUCCAGAAGCUAACAAUGGCUUGGAUGGGCAAUUUUUUGUUGAAUCUGAAAUGAAAGUUCAGGGCAUAAAGCGUGGAACUGAAAGCUUUGCAAGAAGUUUGCAGACAAUGUCCACUUUGCUGCAUGAAAAAUCCAGUCUGUCCACUUCAAAAUUAGCAUCUAAGUGCACGAAUGCUGAUGGACCAGCACAUCCAGAUGAUCAGGCUCCAGAGGACGACAUGAGAUAUGAGCUCAAAGCAGAAACUUUACUAACAAGUCUACUGAGAGAAAAGUUGUAUUCAAAAGAGCUGGAAGUUGAGCAGUUGCAAGCCGAACUUGCAGCAGCUGUAAGAGGAAAUGACAUUCUCCGAUGUGAAGUGCAAAAUGCAAUGGACAACCUUUCAUGUCUCACCCACAAGUUGAAGGACCUUGAAAUGCAGAUGCUUAAGAAGGACGAGAACAUAAACCAGCUUCAGAGUGACCUCCAGGCAUCAACGAAAGAAUUAACAGUUACUCGGGGGAUACUGCCUAAAAUUUCAGAGGAGAGAGACAUGAUGUGGGAGGAGGUGAAGAAAUACAACGAGAAGAACAUGUUGCUGAACGCAGAGGUUAACAUGUUGAAGAAGAAGAUCGAAACCCUUGACGAGGACAUACUUCUAAAGGAAGGUCAGAUCACAAUUCUGAAAGACACCAUAGGGAACAAGCCUUUCGACCUUCUGUCCAGUCCCGAUAGGCGAGAAUUUUUGCUUCAUUGAUUGUCAAAUGGCAGGGGUUUCUUAUGGGGUGAGUAAAUCACAUUGUUCAUAGUCCCAUACUCCCCAAUGUCUAAUAGCUUUUCUUUCUUAUUUUCCAUUUGUACACUUUUCCCUCCUUUUCGUCAAUAGAUAAAGAAGCGAGAAACAUAUCAUUAUUUGGUUGUAACUGGUCUUUAUAGUUGUUCAUAGUUGGUUUGGUUUCGCUUGUCGGCGUGAUCAAGAUAUUCUCUAUAUCUUGACAAGCAAGUUAAUGAAUUUGUUUCACUCUAGA